UUCUCGCGUGGUACAUAAAACAAUCGAUCUUCUCCACUCUAUUUAACACUUCCUUGCUUUUCUUCUUCUUCAAUUUUAUUCAGAGAUCUAUCGCGCAACCUCACUCACAAAACCAACCAUGGCUUCGGAGAAUUUAGAUGCGAAGAUAGAGCAAUUGCUGAACGUGGAGAAGCAGAUGAGACUCGCCGGAGAAAUCUCCGGCACCAGAAAAGCCGCAAUUGAUAUUUUGCAACUCUGCUUUGAAGCGAAAGCCUGGAAAACCCUAAACGAUCAGAUUGUGGUGUUGUCUAAACGACGCGGUCAGCUUAAGCAGGCUGUAGUUGCUAUGGUCCAGCAGGCUAUGGAAUAUAUUGAUAAGACACCGGAUAUUGAAACUCGUGUUGAACUCAUCAAAACACUGAACAGUGUAUCUGCAGGGAAGAUAUACGUUGAGAUUGAGAGAGCACGAUUGGUCAAGAAACUUGCCAAGAUUAAGGAAGAACAGGGGCUUAUUGCUGAGGCUGCUGAUUUGAUGCAAGAAAUUGCGGUGGAAACUUUUGGUGCUAUGGCAAAAACUGAGAAAAUUGCAUUUAUUCUCGAACAAGUUCGAUUGUGCCUAGACCGUCAGGAUUAUGUUCGUGCACAAAUACUCUCAAGAAAGAUAAGUCCAAGAGUAUUCGACAUAGAUGCAUCUAAGGAAAAGAAAAAGCCCAAAGAAGGCGAUAACAUGGUUGAAGAAGCUCCUGCAGAUAUUCCCUCUCUACUGGAGUUGAAAAGGAUUUAUUACGAACUCAUGAUUAGGUAUUAUUCCCACAACAAUGAUUAUCUUGAAAUCUGCCGUUGCUAUAAGGCAAUAUAUGAGAUUCCAUCUGUCAAAGAAAACCCUGCCGAGUUUAUUCCUGUAGGCUCUCUUUUCUCUUUCUUUAUUUGCUAUCGCUGUUACUGUGAUUCUAUUGCUAAACGAUAUUAUAUUAUGAUACAACUUAUUUCCAAAUACAAUCUUUAUAUGCAGAUCCUGAGGAAAAUAUCUUGGUGCUUGGUUCUUGCUCCUCAUGAUCCGCUUCAAUCAAGUCUUCUGAAUUCAACCUUAGAGGAUAAGAAUCUAUUUGAGAUUCCAAACUUCAAGUAUGUUAUUUUAUUUUGUAUCUCACAUACAUUCUGGUCAUGUUCAAAUAUUUUGUUUAGGAUUCCUUGUCAUUGGGUGUACCUGUUAUAUAUUGUGUCCAGGCUUCUCUUAAAGCAACUGGUCACCAUGGAAGUCAUCCAAUGGACGGCUCUUUGGGAGACAUACAACGUCGAGUUUCUGAACGAGAUUGUCUCUGGAAAGUUUUUGAGUGAAAAAGCUGCUGAAGAUCUAAAACAGAGAAUUAUUGAACAUAAUAUUCUCGUUGUAUCAAAAUACUAUGCAAGAAUUACUUUGAAGAGACUUGCCCAGCUUUUGUGUCUCAGCCAAGAGGAGGCUGAGAAGCAUCUGUCUGAUAUGGUUGUGACAAAGGCUCUGGUGGCCAAGAUUGAUAGACCUAUGGGAAUAGUUUGGUUCCAAACAUCAAAGGACAGUAACGAUAUUCUUAAUUCAUGGGCAUCAAACUUAGAGAAGCUGCUCGAUCUUGUUGAGAAGAGCUGUCAUCAAAUACACAAGGAAACCAUGGUCCAUAAAGCAGCUUUGAAGGUUUAAGACGGUCUGCAUAUCGGAGCACCUCAAUAUUCUGGACUGAAGUUGCCUUAUCAGGAAUGUUUAUUUGAAAGGUUGCACCACUGUGUUGGUGAGGAAUUGUAUUGAGAACAAUCGUCUCUUUCAAUUUAUAUUUUGCCAUUCAUGCGUUCAGGGUAGAUAUGGAUAUAUGAUUCUUAGUAGUGAAAGUAGCUUUGUUGUAUACUACUGUUAAAUACCCUUUAUUUUUAGAAUUACUCCACUGACUUACCAGACAGGAUCAUAAACGGUCUUGUUUGUAGUAGUGGCAAGACAUUGAGUGCUUGUUCAUUUACAUUCUUUUGUCUGCUCAA